UCUCAUCAAAACUUUUACAUAAAAUCUUCAUUGUCACACAGUCAGUUUUACUUAUCUGUAUAGAAAAAUAACUAAAACCUUCAUAAAAGAUUAUUGAUAUUAAGUGUACUUCACUAAUGUUAUUUAAUUUACACAUAUUUGAAUAAUAUUAAUUAACAUUGCAUGAUGUUCAUUUUAAAGUAUGUUGAAUACGAAUAGUUGAUUAUUAAACAGCACAUACUGAAAAAUAAAUUAGAAAAAUAUUAAAUUUGAGUCCUUAAUCAGCGAACUGUAAAUAAUAAGUGCCACUUACUUAUAGUUAGACUUACUGUUUAUCGGCUUAAAUCACAUCCUUGCAAGAUAAAUAAAUAAAUAAUUAUCGAAAAUAAAAUAAAAUAAUGAAACUUCCUUAAUCAGUGUAAAUAAGCAUUUGGAAAUAAUAAAUACCAAUGAGCACGAGUAUCACCAAAAUAGAAUUUAUCAAAAAAGAAAUGAAAUAAGUUCGCGACUAGAUAAUAAAUAAACUUACUUAGUUAUGCACACAUCGUUAGAUCGAAAUUGAACAUUGAACACCUAAAGCAGUACUCGAAAAAAAACCAAUUGUAUAGAAGAAAGAAGAUUACUAAAAAUAGAAUACUAUUAAAACAAAAUUUAUUCUGUAAAAAUGCACUAAAGAAAAACACAUCUUAUACAUAUUUGAAUAAAAAAGAAUAUGAAUAAAAAAACAAAGUUGAUCGACCUAGCUGACUAGUCAUUUAUGUAAGAUAAAUAUUAUACAAUGAGAGGGCUAACAAUUUCUGUUCUGUUAUUAUAUAUAUAUUUGUCUUUAUAGAAAAGAUUACGACGCGUCAGUGUCUAUUCGUUUCAAGUGUCUAAAAACAAGACGCAUCUCAUGUCUAACUUGUGCCUAAACUAAGCGUUAGACGCAUACAUUGUCUUGUAAGACACUUGGCAUUUUUUACAGUGCAUGAUAUGGUGAGAGAAAGUUCAUUGAGAAUCAUAUGAUUCCUUCUUAUUUUAUUUUCUUACAGGUGUCACUGCUUUGUGGAAAGCAUAAAAAAUUCACUGUGAGACGAAUAAUAUAAAUAUAAAUGUAAAAAUGUAAAUGGUCUAAUUAUCCUUGAUUGGUUUAUUGCAUUAGCUAAUCACUGAUCUAUCACUUAACUUAGGUGUCAUUACUUAUUUUCAUUGAGCUAUUUUUUUCAAAAAGCAUUUUCCGAAUCCAAAUAUUAAUUACUAAAUCUUUCUAUACUUUUAUUGAAAUUUAAUUUUAGAAGAUAUUUUUUAUGUCAACUUCUUUUAGCUUCGAUUAUCUGCCGGCAGAUGUAUUAUCUUUGUCUGGCUAUGAUUUUUUUCUAUUUAUUAAGACUGUUCUUGGUGAACCAGAAGCUAAGCUACUAAAUAAAAUAUCGAUCAAAUCAACAACAUCCUUAAUUCAAACUGAAGAUCCACUUGAUAUCUUUAAUUAUGAUAUUGAUGAUGAAGAGUUAGAAAAAUUAAAAGAUGAACUUUCAUUUAAAUUAAAAAAUAAAAAAUUUAUGCUCAAACCUGAAGUAAUUUUAGGAUUUCGCUCAUUAAAAGAUGCAUUAAAAAAAUAA